GCUAUUAGUGCUAAUUACGUUUGUUUAAUAUUUUGAACGUCAAAGAAGAGCAUCAUUUGUAGAACUCAAGACACCUGCGAAUGCAUAUCAAAAGCAGUAUCAAGAAACAAAGUAAAUAAGUUGCACCAUAAUGUGUUGAACUAUGUUGUACCCGACUGUCAGACUGAAGAAUUUAUAUUCUAUCGUGAUGAGAGAGAGUCGAACCAAAUACCUCCACUGGGCUAUUCCAUCGCUCUGGUUAACCAAAAAAUAUUAAUAUUAUUAGUAUCAGAGUUUUAGCUAUUAGACCUGAAUCUUUGUUUCCAAGUUUUUGAAAGAAAAACUCGAAAACUGGGAGUGAUCAUGGUCGGAGUGUCUGACAUUCCAUGCGUGGGUAAGGUUGUGGACAGAAUAUCUGAUGCCACAGUUAACGCACUGUUUCGCGGGUUGCGUUAUAUGUUCUGUUACAAGGCUCUAGUUGAUGAACUUAAUUCUGAAAUUAGUAAAGUUAACAUUGAGGAGGUGAGGGUGUCGAGGAAAGCUGCUGCGGAAAGAGACAAUGGCAAAAUAAUCUAUGAUCAUGUAUUGGAGUGGCAGAAAGAGGUGAAAGAAAUCCAGGAGAGUACUAAUGAGUUUUCGCCUUCAUGGAGGUGCAUUCAGAGUCUGCCAAUUCCUAAUCCCAUUUCCCGUUUUCGACAGGGUAGGCAGGCGGUAAAGAAGGCCAAAAAGGUGAAUGAACUCCUGGACUCCGGAGUGAAGCUUAUGGAGAAUGAAAUUGCUUAUCAUCCAGCGGUUGUAAAUGAGCCAAAACCCGAAACUGCAUACCAAAGAUUUCAAUCCAGAGAAGGUGCUUAUGGGAAACUAUGGGAUGCUCUGGUGACUGAAGGCAGUGCUCCGAUUCUUGGCCUCUAUGGAAUGCCUGGUGUUGGCAAAACUAGAAUGAUGGAGCAAAUUUGGAGUGAAGCCAAGGAGAAAAAGAUCUUCAAAAAGGUCGUAAGAGAAGACGUGGGCAGUGAAACGUUGGAUGUGAUCAAAGUACAAAAUCAGAUUGCAGGGUAUCUGGAAUGCAAUUUUGAGUCUCAAGAUAAUGUGGACCGGAGAGCUUCUCAGCUGAAACAUAGUUUAUUGAAUAAAGGCAAGAUCCUCUUGAUAUUAGACGAUGUGUGGAGGGAGAUCCCCUUUGAUGUUAUUGGAAUUCCAUGUGAGGAUGAAAUUAGUUCCAUGGGUAGUAAGAUCCUCCUGACAUCGCGAGAGAAAGAUGCAUGCUUGCGCAACAAAUGCAAAGAUCCUGUCAAGAUUACAAUCCUGACAGAAGAAGAAGCGUGGGAUUUGUUUAAAAACACUGUUGGGGCUUGUCAGAUUGAGUCACUGCAGGAUGAAUUCCUGGCGCGGAGAGUUUCUCUUAAAUGUUCAGGUUUACCCCUUGUCAUUCGUGCAGUUGGGAAAGCAUUGUUAUUUGCAUCUCACAAUUCAUGGAAAGAUGCCCUAGCUCAGCUUGAGAAGGGAAGUGUCGAAAAAAUUGCAGGCAUAGAUCCACAUGUAUAUGCUUGUUUUAAACUGAGCAUCGACAGGUUAGAAGAGGAUGCCAAGUCAUGUCUUUUUUUGUGUUCCUUGUUUCCUGAAGAUGCUGACAUUUACGUCAGGAAGUUGAUCUAG